AUGCUGCGGGAUGUGGUGGUGGUGUGCGGCCGAAUGUCGUACUCGGGCGGUGAGGAGGUGCGGCGGUUGCUGCUCACGCACAUGCAGACAACGGGUGGUCCGGCUGAGCGGGAGGUGUGCGCUGAGGCCAUUCCCCGUGUGCAUCUCCUCUCCCUCACACCACGACACUUCCCGGUGAAGGAGGCUUUGGGAAAUGCUGGUGUGUGUGUGGGGAAGUUGAUGCUGCAGUUCCUUGUGGACCCAGACUUUGAAAAGAAGGAGAAGAGUGGUGCUGCUUCCGCGGUGGAGAGAAAGAUGCGCGCCAAGAUGUAG